GGGGAUAGGGAUAGAGUGAGAUAAAUAAUUAAAUGAGUUCAUCGUGAACAAGUAAGAUGUAUCAUGAAACUUUGUGAACAAGGAAAAGAUGCUUUACCAUGUUGAAUUGUUCAAGUUACACAAAUCAUUAACCCAUGAAGAUAUGCUUCCUUUAAUCAGAGAUCAUAAAAAUUAAACUAACCUAAGGAUGAAGUAGUUGAAGAAGAAAGCCAAACCAUGAAAUCUCUCUCUUUCCUAGACUUCUCAGCCUAAGCAGAAUCUGAUUCCAAGACACCAGAGAAGAAUUUGCUCGAAAAUCCGAAGCUAGAAAUAUCAACCUUGCCAUGAUCUCUUGACUCUUAUAUCGAAAAGUCCCUUUUCCGACUAUUUCUUGCUAUCACAACUUCAGAUCAAUCUCAAAUCUGAUCAAAUUUCUAUGUUCAUCUUGGGCCAGGUUUAUUGCAUGGUGAUGAGGAUUAACCUGGACUGCAAUGCUUGUUGCAGAAAGCUAAGGAGAAUCCUUCUCAAUAUGAAAGGAGUAGAGACACACUUGAUAGAGGAGCAAAGCUGCAGGGUAAGCGUCUGUGGAAGAUUUCAUCCAGCAGAUUUGUCGAUAAAGAUCAGGAAAAAGAUGAAUCGGAGAGUCGAAAUUCUGGAAAUUCAAGGGGCCAGUGGGAUCAAUGGACAUGUAGAAUAGAAUCCCCAAGUCACAGAGAGUUGUACAGAGCCCUGACUUGGCUGUGCACUUUGGGAAGCAAUGAAGUAAUAUGCUAUUUACUUCAGAAAUUACAUAGGAUGUAAUACUUGUAUAAUUUUCAUUUUUCAGUUCAACGUGUGAUCCACGAGAUGAUUUUUUUUUUUUUUUUAAGAUUUUAG